CGCCCCCCGCCCUUCGGCCCCCCCGCCAUGCCCCCGGGGGGUGACCCCGCUCCCCGCUGCGCCCCGGCGAGGCCGGCGUUGGGGGGGGCCGGGGGAGCAGAGCCCCCCCCGCGGCUCCACCUGUAGGAUGGGAGGCGGCUGAGCCCCCCCCCGUCUCCGUCCUGCCCCCCGGCCCGGUUCCGCCAUGGGCUGCAACCUCUGCCUGGUGCCGAAGCCGGAGGAGCAAUACAAGGUCACGCUGCAGGUGAACGGGAAGGAGCUCUCCAGGCUCUCCCAGGAGCAGACGCUGGAAGCUCUUCGCUGCUCCAAGGAGCCGCUGGUCAUCCAGGUCCUGAGGCACAGCCCCCGGGCGCGGGGCGGAGGGGAGGGGGCCGCCCUGCCCGGGGACCCCGCCACCCUGGUGGACAGCGGGACGCAGACGGACAUCACCUUCGAGCACCUGCUGGCACUGGGCCGGCGGCGCGCCCCCAGCCCCCCCACCAUGACACUGGAGACCUUCGGGAUCCCCGAGCUCCCCCCCUUUGGGCACGACUACUAUGACCCUGUGGAGAUCAUGGAAGGGGCCCCCCCAGAGACAGAGCGGGCAGAGGAACUGGAGUAUGAGGAGGUGGAAUUGUACAAAUCGAGCCACCGGGACAAGCUGGGGCUGAUGGUUUGUUACCGGACGGACGACGAGGACGACGUGGGAAUCUAUGUUGGAGAGGUGAACCCUGACAGCAUCGCCGCCAAGGAUGGGCGCAUCCGAGAGGGCGACCGCAUCAUCCAGAUUAACGGGGUGCAGGUGCAGGACCGCGAGGAAGCUGUCGCCAUCUUGACCCAGGAGCAACAAACCAACAUCUCGCUGCUGCUGGCCAGGCCUGAGACCGAGCUCUCCAGGCGCUGGAAGGACAGCGACCGUGAGGAUUUCCUGGACGACUUCGGCUCUGACCACGAGGGCGAAACCGGGGGGCCUGGAGACCCCGGGGGGCCGGAACGGGGUGAAGUCAGCUUCACCCCAAUCUCCAAACCUCCGCCUUCUCCCCGCCCCCAGCCGGCCGCGGCCCCCGAGCCGCCCAGCGCCGGCCAGGAGCUGGACAGCGGGGUGGGCCGCACGGACGAGAGCACCCGGAACGAGGAGAGCUCGGAGCACGAUCUGCUGGGGGACGAGCCCCCCAGCGCCGCCGGCCCCCCGGCCCCCCAGCGCCGCCCGGCCCCGCUGCAGGCGCGGGGCGGCCCCGGCGGCAGGGCCUCGGCGGCGGGCGGGGAGCUGCCGGGGCUGACGCAGGCCGAGGCCGCGCGGUACCGGGAGCUGCUGCAGAUGCGGGGCGGGCCGGGCCCGGGCCCCCGGCGGCGGGCGGCGCUCCUGGAGGAGGAGCUCCGGCACCUGCAGUUCAAAUGCCGCAACAUCCUGCGGGCGCAGAAGCUGCAGCGGCUGCGCGAGCGCUGCCUGGCGGCCGGGCUGCGGGAGGCCGGGGGGGGCCGGCCCCGGCGGGCGAGGGGGCCCCCCCCGGCCCCGCUGGCCGACAUCACCGAGGUGCCGGAGCGCUCGGAGAAGGACAGCACCAGCGCCUACAACACCGGGGAGAGCUGCCGCAGCAGCCCCCCCCCGGGCAGCCCCCGCGCCCCCGGCCCCCCGGCGCGGCCGGCCCGGCCCCGGCGCCCCCGGGAGGGCAGCCCGGCGCCCGGCGCGCUGGCGGGGGGCGCCCGGGCGGAGUGGAAGGGCCGGGCGCGGGGCGAGGGCGCCCGGCGCCCGGGCCGGGACCGGCUGCUGAAGGCGCGGGCGCUGAAGAUCCGGGAGGAGCGCAGCGGCAUGACCACGGACGACGACGCCGUGAGCGAGAUGAAGAUGGGCCGCUACUGGAGCCGGGGCGAGCGCAAGCAGCAGCUGCUGCGGGCCCGGGAGCAGCGCCGGCGCCGGGAGCUCAUGCUGCAGAGCCGGCUGGACUGGCAGCGGGAGGCGGGCGAGGGGCGGGCGGCGGCGGGCCCCGGGGCCCCCGCCGAGCUCAGCAUCCUGGCGCUGAGCCACCGCAAGAGCCUCAAGAAGCGGAGCCGGCGCAUCCUGGACAACUGGAUCACGAUCCAGGAGAUGCUGGCGCACGGGGCCCGCUCGGCCGACGGGCGCCGGGUCUACAACCCGCUGCUCUCCGUCACCACCGUCUGAGGGGGCCCCGGCCAGGAGCGGGGCUCCCGCCGCCCCCGCCCCCAGCCCCGCCCAGGAUCGGGGCUCCCCCGCCCCGCCCCCGCCCAGGAUCGGGGCUCCCGCCUCGCCCCCGCCCCCAGCCCCGCCCAGGAUCGGGGCUCCCCCGCCCCGCCACCGGCCAGGAUCGGGGCUCCCGCCGCCCCCGCCCCCAGCCCCGCCCAGGAUCGGGGCUCCCCCGCCCCGCCACCGGCCAGGAUCGGGGCUCCCGCCUCGCCCCCGCCCAGGAUCGGGGCUCCCGCCUCGCCCCCGCCCAGGAUCGGGGCUCCCGCCUCGCCACCGGCCAGGAUCGGGGCUCCCCCUGCCCCGCCCCAGGCCAGGAGCGGGGCUCCCCCGCCCCCGCCCACACCCCCGCCCAGGAGCGGGGCUCCCCCCUCGCCACCGGCCAGGAUCGGGGCUCCCCCUGCCCCGCCCCAGGCCAGGAGUGGGGCUCACCCCUACCGCCCCAGACCAGGAGCGGGGCUCACCCCAGCCCCCGCUCACACCCCCGGCCAGGUUUGGGGCUCCCCCUGCCCCGCCCCAGGCCAGGAUCGGGGCUCACCCAGGCCCCCGCCCACACCACCGGCCAGGAUUGGGGCUCCCAUCCCCUGCCACCCACCAGAAGUCGGGGCUCCCUCCCCACUGCGUGACAAGGCUUGGAGACUUGGUUUCUCCCCCAUGUGCCAGGAUUGGGGGCUGAUCCUGCCUCCCCCACAUCGCCACCAUCAGAGGACACAGGGGGAGACCGUGGGGGCCCCCCACUUUGCCAGGACUGGGGGACGCCCACCCCAGCAGGAAAGAGGGGGGCACCUGGUGUCACUCCUGGACAUGCCUGGCUGCAGAAGGGACCCCCGGCUGCUGAGACAACGAGGAAUUUUGGGGGGUCUCCCAACGCUGCUCCAGCCCCCCCUCCCCUCGCUACAGGGACCCCCCAGGAUCGGGACCAGGGGGGCGUGAAACACAAAGACACCGAGUCAGGCUGUACAUAGAGCACAAGGGCGGGGAGGGGGAGCACAAAGACCCCCGCCCUCCAUGCUCCCCCCGGGGCAGUUUUUAUGUCGUGUCUGUGAUUCGUGGCUGGUCAGUUCUUAAUCGUUUGUCUGAGUCUGGCAGAAGAAAUACCUGGGCCCCCUGCCCCCCUCCUCCCCCAGCAUACCGAACUGCCCCCCGAACUGCCCCCCAAAACCAGACCCCACUGCCCCCGAACACCCAUUGCCCCCCAAACUGCCCACUAGCCCCCUGAACUGCCCCCAGCCCCCCAAACGAGACCCCACUGCCCCCGAACCCCCUAUUGCCCCCCGAACUGCUCACUAGCCCCCAGACACCAGACCCCACUGCCUCCGAACCCCUCACUGCCCCCGAACCACCAGACCCUACUGCCCCCAACCCCCCAAAACCAGACCCCACUGCCCCCUCACGCCUCACUGCCCUGAACCCCCCACUAGCCCCCCAAAACCAGAACCCACUGCCCCCGAACCCCUCACUUUCCCUGCUACCCACCAGACCCCCUUCCCCCAACCACCAGUUCCCACUACCCCUCUGAACCCCCCACGCCCCUCCCAGAGCUGGGGAGAGAACCCAGGAGUCCUGGCUCCCAGCCCCCCCCCCGCCCCAACCCACCAGCCCCUCUCCCCUCCUGACCCAGAUCUGUCAUGUCUGUGUCCACAGCUCCCUUGCCGCUCUCAUUCCCAGCAGGGGGCGCUGUCGGGGGGGGGGGGCAGGGGCAGGGGGUUGGGGGCUCCCGGACGCCUGGGUCCGGAGCCGAAUCUGCCUGGUCAGAAUAAAGGGAAGCCUUUUUACUCCUUUCA